UAUCGCAGACAAAAUUGUCCGCAACGCUGGUCAAACGAUCCCACAUAAUCAUUCUACAGGCAGUAGCAGUAGUAUAGUUGCACCUCUAACUUCUAAGAACAAUACUUUUUCAAUUUGUUGAGUCCGUAGCGGUUCUUGGUUCUGAUCGCACUGCGAGUGUUUGCCUCACAAGACUAUUGGAGGACUCCUGGGCCAGGGGUGAGUUGACGAGUGGAGUGAUCGGCCAGUUGAGCGUGAGUUCGUUAGCUGGCUUCCUAGAUCCUAAGUCCUAUCGCCAGGGCCCAGUACUAGCAGUAGGGACUGGGCAGUGCCGGGUAGCAUGGAACCGGCAGCGAAGCGAACCCAAUCCUAUGCUGAUGACGGUGAUGGUGUCGGUGAGCGGGCAUCACCGGUGCCGGUAGUUCCCACUGAGCCACCUGAGUCCUGUGUGUUCACGGUCGACCCAUCCUGCGACGGCCUGAGUAGCGCUGCGCUCGCGCAUUACCAGCGUUACGGAUUCGUCGUGCUGCGUCAGCUGAUUGGCGGCGACGAGGCGGACGAAGUGCGUGAGGAGAUGCACCGUAUCAUUAAUGAAUGGUACGAUCGGUUUGAAGAAACGGGCGUUGAGCAGGAAGACUGGAAAUCGAUGGUGAACAGAGAGGAUCGAGCACGCAAUGGUGAACUCAAAAUCAACAGCAAGGCUGACCGUUAUCUGUCCGUUCGUCGUCUGUUUCGUAUGGCGGUGCACGACACGUACUUCCACGACAUAGCCUGCCAACGGCAACGGAUGCAGUCUAUUUCCUCACAACUGCUGGGAGAGGAUGUCAAGCUACUGCAGUCCAUGGCAUUACUCAAACCACCAGGGGCUGCCGAGAAGCGCUGGCAUCAGGACAAUGGAUAUUUCCGACUCACUCCCAAUCAUGUCAUGGCGAUGUGGAUAGCUAUUGACGAGGCCACUGUGGAAAAUGGAUGCAUGCACGUCGUGCCAGCUACUCAUACACACGGUGUUGACGAACACAAGUCUCUCAACGGCAACCACAAGCUGUACAGCCUCACCAAGACACCGGAUGAGAAAACGGUGGUUCCAAUGCCCCUGAAGCCCGGCGAUGCGUUGGUGUUUCACGGUGAACUGCAUCACUUCACACCACCCAACAAAUCAAGCAGUCCUCGUUAUGCUCUUCAGUUACAUUACGCGUCAGGCAAGUGCAAACCAACCGUCUGUCCAAAGCCGGACAAACACGAUAUAACCGCUAGCAGUGAGGAGUCCCAGGCACAGGCGGGGCCAGACGAGACGCAUACGAAAGGCAGUGCGGCGGCGUUUGACUGUGAUCCGUGCGUCGAGCCGCAGUUCUGGUACUAUCGCAAGGCCGAACGGCACGUGAUUGGUCGUGACUAUGGCGACCCGCAUAUCUGAUGACAUCAUGCAACGGUAUAGCAUGUGAGAUGACAUCGUGCAGCCGUAUAUGGUGUGAGUGUAGUACACAGCUGUGACCCUGUUCAGUUCAGCAUUCGGCCAGCACCCUGAUGCCAAUGAUAAUAAUUAUUACUUGCUAUCAUCUCCUCCCCCCCCCCCCUCCCUUAGUCCUGGUGUCAGUGGUCUUCUUGCACAGGUGGGCGCCUGAUCCGAGUGGUCGCCUUGAUAGGUUUUUCUGCACUGUAGAUGUGCUGUGCUGCUCUGCUGCUUCGCCACCGUUCACCCAUUACCGGCAACAACCUGUCUGAUUCUCCCCCCCCCCCCCCUCCCUUUCCCCUCAUCUUGACCUGUCAGAUGUUGGCCACUACAGUCUGACCUCGCUUAUCCGGUCCUCUUUUAUCCGGAUCCCUCGCCAUCCGGAUGAAAAUCACUGGUCACCGAUUUACAGCAUAUGUCAUGCAUACAUACAGUACGUGUGUUCGACUAUCUGGAUAUUUUUUGUGGACAACGAAUGUGUGCGGUUAAGCGAGGUCUGACUGUACUCAUAUACGGCAGAUGCUAGUUAUUCCUGAUCCUCUUCACACUCUUCACAAUGAGCUGCUUUCUGUGCAUUGGAGCUUAUCUUUAUCGGUUUUGAACUUUGAUUACGCCUGCUUUCGCCGCUUGAAUAUUCAAAUUUUUGAUAAUAUGAUCUUUAUCAGAAGUUAGUUGAAUCAGUACUCA